AUGGAUCAUGGAAAGACCUAUCUACUUUGCAUAAUCAAUGCUGCCUUGCACGAGGCUCUCUUCUUCGCCAUAGCCAAGCAUAAAAUGACAGUGGUUGGAACAGAUGGUAGCUACACGAAACCAUUGACACGAGAUUAUAUCACAAUAUUUCCUGGCCAAACCUACGAUGUCUUACUAGAAGCUAACCAACACCCGAAUCACUAUUACAUGACGGCUAUAACUUAUUUUGUUGCCCCAAAAUAUCGAGACUUUUAUGAUAACACAACCACCACAGCUAUUGUACAGUACAGGGGAUACUACACACCAUCUUCACCUCCCUUCUCACCUGAUCUUCCUGCAUACAAUGACACAAAUGCAUCGGUUCAGGUCAUGGCCGGCCUUCAAAGCUUAGCAGAUGCGGAACAUCCUUGCAAUGUCCCAUUGAGCAUGAGCACUAACCUGUUUUACACUCUUUCUAUGAACUCGUACCCAUGCGUCAAUGAUUCAUGUGCAGGGCCCAAUGGGACGCGAUUCUCCUCAAGUAUAAACAACAUAAGCUUUCAUUCGCCUACAAUUGCCAUACUAGAAGCUUACUAUUAUAACAUCAGUGGUGUAUAUGGAAAUAACUUUCCUAGCUUUCCACCACUGGUGUUCGAUUUUACAUAUGAUUAUCUUCCAUUAACCUAUCAGUUGCCGAGCAGCGGGACAGAAGUAAGGGUGCUCGAGUAUAACUCCACAGUGGAGAUUAUUCUUCAAGGGACAGCCGUGCUUGCAGAGACACACCACCCCAUGUAUCUCCAUGGAUACAGUUUCUAUGUUGUUGGAUGGGGAUUUGGGAAUUUCGAUGGAAAUAGGGACCCUUUGCGCUAUAAUCUGGUGGAUCCUCCCCUUCAGAAUACCAUCUCUGUUCCUUUGAAUGGUUGGGUUGCAAUCAGAUUCAAGGCAUCCAACCCUGGAGUGUGGUUCAUGCACUGCCAUAUAGAACGCCAUCUGACUUGGGGCAUGGAAACUGCGUUCAUAGUGAAAAAUGGUAAACACCCAGAAGCUCAAAUGCUGCCUCCUCCAUCCGACAUGCCACCAUGUUGAAGCUGCAAAGAAAUAACA